AUGGAUUGGCGCAGCUACAUUGACGAUCAAUUGGUGGGCAGCGGUAGCGUCACCAAAGCAGCGAUCGUGGGCCUCGAUGGCGCCAUCUGGGCGAAGAGCGACCACUUUAAUAUUGGCGAUGACGAGGCGGCGGCGGCCGCCCAGGGGAUUCGUCAACUCGGAAACGCUGUACGCU